ACCGAAUUUUUUUACAGGGUAUGUGUGAUGGUCCUAUUAAGUAAAAAUUAGGUAAAAACAAAUAUAAAAGCAUGUAUUAAAAUGAAGUGGCAAGAGGAAUGGGACAGAAAACUCAAAGAAAGGCAACUAUAGAAUAUUCAAAAGCAAGUUAAUACAGAGAGGAUAGUCUAUAACAAACCAAAAGAGGACACAGUUAUUACUCAUCUUAGAAUAGGACAAUCAGGUCUAAAUCAGUCGCUAUUUAUAAUAGGAAAACAUGAAACAGGAUGAUGCAUAUACUGCAGCCAAGCAGAGACAGUGGAACAUGUGUUCCUUCACUGUACAGCAUAUGAAUAUGAAAUAUCUGAACUGUAAUAUUCUUGGAUGCAGCUCACAUAUGAGACACAGAGGGGAAUUAACUUUGUCUUUUAUCCCACAGACUCUGAGGACAUGAACAAAGCAGCAGAUAUCAACAACUGAGAACUCCCCUGGAUUACAAACUCUGAGGAAAUGUUACAUGUCUAACUGUACAGCGCCCUCCAUUGGUCAAAAUAAACAUAACACUUACAUUCACUACAUGAACUUUAAGAAGAGCUACUUAAUAUUGGUGUAAUCCACAUUUUAAAGCAAAGCCUACCAAAAGUGGUUAAGGACAAUGGAAAGUAUAUACUGCAUUAUUCAAUUAUCUACGAUUAACAGGCUUUAAUAACAGGAUUUAAGUUUGAAAUAUACUCAUUUUUUAUAUCUAAUUUCGCUGCUCCUAUCCAGUUGGUGGCGGUAAUGCACCAAAAACCUACCGCUAAAAAACUUGGAAGAAGAAGAAGAAGACCUGUAAACUCACAACAGAAGAAGAGGAUUUUUGGCACUGAGUGGGUUCUGCAGUUAUUCUUAUGAUCAGAGCCAAUAAGACCGUAUAAUGGAAUCAGCAUGGAUACGACCGUGUUCUUCUAGAAAACCUCCACACACUCCUGGUCCCACUGACUCACAGCUUUGUGGGGAUGUUCAGACAGAAAAAUAUACAUCUUCAGAUGGAGGGACAUCAGGCUCUGUAGAACACAUCACCUGUGUGAACCUUCAGAAACAUGUGAAAAAGGAAGAAAAUGUAGAUGAAGAAUACUUCUUGACACCAGUCUCUGUGGGACACGUCACACCUGUGGACCUUCAGAAUCAUGUGAAAAAGGAAGAACCCGAAGAUACUGACUAUCUCUAUGCUGGGACAUCAAACUCUAUGGAAGAUGUAGACCAAAAUAAUGGAGGAUUUGAAAGGAAGCAUGUAAAAGAGGAAGACUCUGAAGAUAAAGGCAACAUCCGUACAAGGACAGACUGGGAAGAUCUCCAAACUGCGACUAACCGGUCGCAAAACUAUAAACGACAUAGUGAAGCUGCACAUCUCUCGACUAUGGAUGUCGAUGCACCACACCGUAAGAGGAUGCUUGCUGAAAUGGAUAAUGAGGAAUCUGAUGACUCGGAGGAAAGCAGGAGGGUAACGAAAAGUGCAACAGAACGAAAAAAACUUAAGAAAAAGUCAAGUAAUGCCUCAAAAGGGAAGCAGGUGUCACGUCCCCCUUCUCCACCUCCAUUUAUCGCUCACCACCAAAAAGAAAACAUCUGUGUGGAGACACGGCGUUCUGUCUCCAUGAAUCAUGUGGAAACUACGCAACUCGUGCUGCAAAGGGUACAAGGGUUGGAAACCACUCUGCGGCAGAUAAGAAAGGACGUUGAUGACCUGCGUACAGUGGUGGCUGAUGUGCUCAGUCACGUCAAGCCAGAGGCAGAUGAAGGCUUGGUGGCCUUACCACGGCCUCUUAAAACUAUCAGGGAGUUAGAGGAUCUGAAUGAGCAACUGAAGAAUAGCGAAAAACUUCGCAACUGUUUUCGUGCUUACAUGAAGACAAUGAGGGGGAGCAGCAUCGGAGAGACAGUUCGCGCCAUUCUCCAAAGAAUCGGGGAGAACAGCCUGUGGUGUAUGUUUUCCUUGAAAGGGUCAAAAGGUGGGAAGCUGGCCUUGACUGGGCAUGAUGAAGUCUAUCGCCUUGUACACGAUAUUGCCGAACGAGCCCAUGGACGGGAAUACACUGUUGCCAGUUGCAGAGAGGCCAUCGGCAGCUACCUAAAAAAUGCCCCAGCCAGGAAAGGUGGCAAGAAACAUAAUCAGAGCUAAGUGGGAUCUCCAGUGCAUCCUACAAGAAUUGUAGGACUAAUCCAGCUUGUGGGAAGUGCUUUAGGAACCAUGGAGUGAAAUUGAUGCAGAUGACAUCAAACUAAAUGUCUAACGUCUUCAAGGCUGUAGUUGCUGCAAAUAGAGGAUUCUUUGAUGAAAGCAAAGUUUGAAGUGCUAAAUUGUUAUUUCACAAUGUGUUAACUAUUUUCUAUUCAUUUUGAAACUUAUUUGAUGACAAGUAUGGGUUUCAUGGAAAAUGUGAAAUUUUGUAAAUUAUUCCAAACUUUUAAAUGGUAGUGUGGAUAAACUGGUUAUUCUUGGAUUAACACUCCUUGUUAUUCCAGUUCUGGUUGAGUGAACGGCGUGCGCGUUUGGCUGCUGCUUCUCUCCGGCUGUUUGUUAUACCUUUUUAUUUUACUAGUAUUCAACGAUUGAACUACUUUAAAACUACCCUGGUCAUGUACUAAUUCAUGGCCGUUACAGCUCACAAGUUUCAAACAAAGGAUACCUGGCUUUCCUGGCUGUCUUGUGGACUGUUACUGCAAAUCUAUCACCUGGAUUCUCUGCAUCGCACCGACCUUACACAAGCCCUCACCAUUUGAGUUUCCAUGAAACCUGCCUCUGCUGAGUGAGUUUCCGCAUUCUCGCUUAGUUAAUCGGCCCGUAGUUUCUGUAUAGGAGUGGAUGGUAUCGCUCCUCUGUACUAAUCGCUUAGGGCUGUUGGUUAAUGGGGCAAAAAUCUGGUUGUGCAUCUAAAUGAGGAAUCCAGUAUGACUGCAUACAGUAUGCUGGAUUAUUCUAAUUGCACUGGGGAUUAUCGUAACCUGGAUUAGUAAGCGAUACUUUCUCUGCAUCUCCAGAAGUAUGUCCUCUACUUUUACACUGUCUGAGCUUAGGCGUCUGAACCAUCAAUCAUCGACUCGCCUGGUGUGGGACAUUUACCAUGUUAUUAUCAUCUCUUCAGUAUCCUCAUGGACUAUAUGUUGUGUUAUACCACAGUUAGUUUCAGUCCACUAAUUUAAUUGGUCAAGUGACAUUCCAAGAGUGCUGAUAUUUAUUAUAACGGCACUGUCACAUUUCACUGUGUGCAAUCACUCCACUUAUCUGUGUUUGCUGCAUAAAUUACAAAACUAGCAGUAGAUCAUUACAUUGAAACUGUUACUACACUUACUACAGGCUGUCAGUUAGUCUGUAUGUUACAUGGCAACAUGGAAAGCUCUAUCUAGCUGUGGCUGUUUUGGGAAUUAUUUCCAAUGACAGCAAAAAUAAACCAAUAUUUGGGAAUACCGUGUCUGAAAUGUUAGUUACUUGAUAGUUUUCUGAAUAAGAAAUUAAUAUCACAUAAAAGCAAGAUCACACUCACAGUGGUACUGCUGUACUGAAUAUCGGCACUGCUGUGAUUAUCUGC